AUGACGGGAACAGUCCAAGAGGAAAUUUCUGAAGAGACGUUGCCCCUGCUCAACAAGUCCAAGAGCCAAACGGUGGUCUUUGAGGCCGAGAGUGCUUGUGAUACUAUGGAUGACGAUACUGAUGAAUUAGAAGCUCAGAGAUGGCGCGAAGAAGUAAGGCAAUCACAUCAACACAAUGGAUUUUUACAACGCCCUAGCACCGGCUUACUAUGUCUCCUAUUAGCAAUCGUAUCUCUCGGGGAUAUGUUAUGUGUGACACCAUCAAUCUCUUUAACCAUGAAGAAAGUUUGCGCUGCAGAAGCCACUGAAAACGGAUCAUGUGACCCUGUCAAGGUACAGGAAACGGUAUCAUCGCUUUUCUCGAGUGGUCUGAUAUUGAGUAGUCUCUUUAGUAUAUCAGUAACCGGUGCUUGGGGACAACUUUCUGAUCGGAUAGGUCGUGUUAAAGUGUUUGCCUAUAUGACAUUCAUAAAAUUAAUCGGUAACGGACUUCAUUUAUUCACACUUUCAUCUUGGUGUCCCUACAGCCCUACUGCAAUUAUUGUAGCAGCCUCCGUUAAUAAUUUAUCAGGAGGGGCAUUUAGUCUGUUGGCCAACAGCUAUAGUUACAUUUCGGAUGUUACGGAAGCAGAGAAAAGAACGGAAGCCAUAGGAUCCGUGAUGAGUGUUACUUAUGCCACAAUGGGAUUUGGCCCCAUGGUUAGCUCUAUAUUAGUGGAUUUACCAUUUGGAUCAGAUGCUUUACCGAUAUUCUUUUCUUUGGCGAUCGGCCUGGUAGCCACCUUUCUAUGCGUUAACUCCUUGCAAGAACCAAGGCACGAACAAGCAAGAAGGAACUCUUGCCAGAGCGUCUCCACAGGCAAUUCGUCCCCUCUAGAUCCAUUAAAACAAUUGUGGUUACCACGUACCAAAUCGGGCUCCAUCGAACCCCGUUGUACGGUAAUUCUUCUGCUGGUAUUGGACGUUCUAUUUCUGUGCGUGGCAGCUGGUUCUGGUCCUGCAUUCCUAUUAUUCUUCUCGUAUCGUUACGGAUGGGGAUCCCGUCAAUUGGGUUACUACUUGUCAUCCACCAAUUUGGGGAAAGCCGCUGUAUUAGUAAUGUUAGCACCUCGUGCCCUACAGCUUCUAAGGAACCGUUACGGUACACUUCCGAGAACGGCAGAUCGCGUAGAUGUGCUAUUCAUACGAUUCUCACUAUGUGCGCUCUUGACUGGUAUAUCAAUUAUGUUCUGGCGUAACAAGGACACUCGUGCAGUCUACGUCUAUGCAGCCUUACAUGCACCCAGCGCUUUAUGUUCACCGACAAUACAAGCUACCAUUAUCAAAUACUGUCCCAAAUCCGCUACAGGACAAUGUUUUGGUGGUAUUGCUUUAAUCAGAUCUGCUGUCAUGCUGAUCUUCCCGGCCCUUUUGUUAAGGAUUUACGGCUACUUAGUCAGUACAACGCCUGAACUCUUCAUGCUAAUACCUCUGUCAUGUGCAUUUUUAGCGGUAAUGAUCAGUUUCGUACUAAGAGAACCAAAGUCUGCAAGUCAGACAGGAGGAGAGCAGGGGCAGCCGGAACUGCCUAGAAGAAGUUCUUGGUGGUCAUUACCUGCCAGCGAGCGAGCAAGAGAGGAAGCCAUGGUCCAGACAGAGUCCCUAAGAGAAAACUACUCACAGGCUUGA